ACACACUCCAAUUUUCUAAUGUCAAAUGUCAAAAACUUAAUAAAAUUGUCUGUCAGUCACAAGUCAAAAAUUAAAUUCAAUGUGACGAAGUUGGAAGAUUUAUACGACGAAACUUUUACUUGGAAUUAUAUCAAUCUUUAUUUUUUGCGAACAUGGACGCACCGAAAACUUCUGAUAUUGUUCUUCUCUCUGGUAAUUCUCAUCCAGAAUUGGCUAAUUUAAUCCAUAAACGACUAGGGGUAAAAUCUAGCGGAUGUGCUGUCUAUCAUAAAUCUAAUCGUGAGUCAAUGGUCCAAAUAAAUGAUUCUAUUAGAGGAAAAGAUGUUUAUAUAAUUCAAACAGGAGCAAAAGAUGUCAACAACAACAUAAUGGAGUUGCUUAUAAUGGCCUAUGCUUGUAAAACUUCAUCAGCAAAAUCUAUUGUUGGAGUGAUUCCUUACCUACCAUACAGUAAACAGUGCAAGAUGAGGAAGAGAGGUAGUAUUGUCACAAAAUUGUUAGCUCAAAUGAUGUGCAAUUCUGGAUUAACACAUAUUAUAACAAUGGACCUGCAUCAAAAGGAAAUCCAAGGAUUUUUCGAUUGCCCAGUAGAUAACUUGAGAGCAAGUCCUUUUCUUCUUCAGUAUAUUCAAGAAAGUAUUCCAGAUUAUCGUAAUUCAGUAAUAGUAGCCAGAAAUCCAGCUGCUACUGGUAAAGCCACUUCAUAUGCUGAACGUCUUCGUCUUGGUAUAGCUGUUAUUCAUGGAGAACAGAAACAGUCUGAUUCUGAUGAAGUAGAUGGAAGAUAUUCCCCACCAACCUUACCAAGAUCACGUACUAUGGAUGCAGGAGUAGGUGUGCCUGUACAUAUCGCUAAGGAAAAACCUCCGAUAAAUGUAGUAGGUGAUGUAGGAGGGCGAAUAGCUAUCAUGGUGGAUGACUUAAUAGAUGAUGUCCAUUCUUUUGUAGCAGCUGCUGAAGUUCUUAAAGAACGUGGGGCUUAUAAGAUAUAUGUUAUGGCAACCCAUGGUCUACUUUCGUCUGACGCUCCACGUCUAAUAGAAGAUUCACCCAUUGAUGAGGUGGUAGUCACAAAUACAAUUCCCCAUGAGCUACAGAAAAUGCAGUGCCAUAAGAUUAAAACUGUGGAUAUAUCAAUAUUGCUCUCUGAAGCUAUUAGAAGAAUUCAUAACAAGGAAUCCAUGUCAUAUCUAUUUAAGAAUGUUACAUUGGAAGACUAAAUCUUCAUAUAUUGAACAAAAAAUUCGGUAUUAUUGAGUUUUUAGCAAUAUAAUAUGCAAUUAUUAUAAAAUAAAAACCAGUGCAUUUCAUUACUAACUUACAAGCUUUGAAAUAAGCUGUUAAUAGAAAAUACCUGAUGUUUGUGCAAAUGAAACAUGUUAUAGAUAAUCAACUAUUUUCAAUGGGAAAUAAGCCACAAUUUUACCAAAAAAAAUUAUUUUAUUAACGUUAUAAAUGAGUCAGAUUAAAUAAAUUAUUAGAAGAAUUUUUUACUAAGCAACAACAUUUUCGUUUAAUUUAGUAUUAUUUUGUAUUUUGACAACGACACCCGACUUGGACGUCGAAACGUUAAUAAAAUCAUUUUUUUGGUAAAAUUGUGGCUUAUUUCCCAUUGAAAAUAGUUGAUUAUAAAAAUGCCACAAGGAAAUAGCUUCAGAACAACAUGUUAUAGUAUAGAUGUUAAAGAGAAUUUCAGAGCAUUAAAGAUUCAAUUUGUAUAUUUUAAGAUAUCGUAUGCAUUGGUUUUGAUUUUGUAUGACUUGCAUAUUCACAUUUAUAUAUAAGAGCUUAAAUUCAUUUAGUAGGACAUUGUCGAUAUACAAAAAUAUUCGGUGAUCAUUAAAACGGCAAAAUAAUUUGUAGGAAAUAAAACUAGAUUCAUCACAAAUCUGAUUUGAUCAUAAAAAUAUGGAUUUAAUCAUAAAAAAUAGAUUACAUAUUUAGAAUUGUGUUCCUCCGAGUGUUGUCAACUUUAAGACGGAGAAUAGCGUUUAUUCUGACAAAAUCUCUUCAAACCUAGCCCAGUCCAUUAUCUGAUGAUUUUCAUCCAUGACAUAUUUUCCUUCAAAUGCCUUAUGGUCUUUCGAUUUUAUCUUUUACAAUUAAUUGGGGAUGUAAUAUUUUUCUUGCUCUUUUUUUAAUUGUUGUAGAACUUCUUCAUUUGGAAUAUUUACUGUCCAAGAUAUUUUCAUGAUUUGAUGGUAAACUCUCGUUUCGAUUAUUUCUAGUUCUUUAAGUCUUUAUGGUUCCCUACCGACUCCAUAAACUAGUAUUGACCAUAAACUACAGGGUGUAACAAAAAUACAGGUCAUAAAUUAAAUCACAUAUUCUGAGACCAAAAAUAGUUCGAUUGAACCUAACUUACCUUAGUACCAAUGUGCACAUAAAAAAAAUUACAGUCCUUCGAAGUUACAAAAUGAAAAUCGAUUUUUUCCAAUAUAUCGAAAACUACUAGAGAUUUUUUAUUGAAAAUGGGCAUGUGGCAUUCUUAUGGCAGUAGUAUCUUAAGAAAAAAUUAUAGUGAAAUUUGGACACCCCUUAAAACUUUUAUGGGGAUUUUGUUCUUUUAAACCCCCACAAACUUUUGUGCACGUUUCAAUUUAAUUAUUAUUGCACUACCAUUAGUUAAACAAAGUGUUUUAAAAACUUUUUUGCCUCCUAGUACUUUUUCGAAAAGUCAGUUUUUAUCGAGUUAUUUUGAAUAUUUGUCAAAUCCACCACAUAUUUGUAUAUGGUUAAGUACGAUUAUGGAGACUUGGUAAUAAUAUGCAAAUUUAUUUAUGAUUUACAUUUUUAGGUAUAUUUUGAACCAUAUUAAAAAAGAAGCCACAUCUCGAUAAAAGGUGCCUUAUCGAAAAAAUACAAAGAAACAAAAAAGUUUUAGAAAUACUGUGUUUAACUAAUGGUACCGCAAUAAUAGUUUAAUUGGAACGUAAUCGAACGAGUUUAAAGGAACAAAACCCCCAUAAUUCUUUUUAUGUAAACAUAUUAAAAAAAGCCGCAUCUCGAUAAAAACUGCCUUAUCGAAAAAAUACUAAGAGGCAAAAAAGUUUUGAAAAUAUUCAGUUUAACUAAUGGCACCACAAUAAUAUUUUAAUUGGCACGUACACAAAAGUUUGGGGGGGGGGGGUUAAGGGAAGAAAACCCCAUACAAUUUUUAGGGGGUGCAUAAAUUUCACUAUAAUUUUUCUUUAAGAUGUUCCUAUCAUAAGAAUGCCACACGUCCAUUUUCAAUAAAAAGUCUAAUAGUUUUCGAUAUAUUCGAGAAAAUUGAUAUUCAUUUUGUAACUUCAAAGGGCUGUAACUUUUUUAUGUGCAUAUUUGUACUAAGGUAAGUUAGGUUCAUUCGAACUAUUUUUGGUCCCAGAAUAUGUACCUUAAUUUAUGACCUGUAUUUUUGUUACAUCCUGUAUAUUGACCAUCUUGUCUUUUAUUCAUUUAAUCCAGAGGUUCCCAAACUAUUUUUUCUCGUAGACCCCUUUAAAAAAUAUACUGGUUUCGGUGGACCCCCUGCUGCUAUAUUUUUACCAUACUUCCAAUGAAAAACAUUGGGGGGGGGGGGUAAAAAUAAGACAUUGAAGGUCUUUUUCGUCUUCUUUUCUUUUCUCAAAAUAUCAUUUUAAGCGAUUUUACAUUGAUUUGGAAUCUAUUUAAACAAAUUUGCAUUUUUUAUCGUAAAUUAUCAAUAAUUGAAAAAAUUGUGUUUUAAUAUAAGGGUUAUCCAAAAUGUGAUUAUUAGGCAUUAUAACAAGUUUUUUGUUUUAAAACAAGUUGUUGAUCAAACUUUAGCGUAGAAAACGAUAAAAUACUGUUUUCCAUUUUCCUCCAUUCUCAAAAUACAUGUUCUUCUAUUUGGCUGAAAAUUUGCCCACAUAUAUCCAAAACACAGGACUUAUGUGUAUAAUGGUUAAAAGAAUUUGUAUAGUUUUACAAUACAAGAAAAGUUACAUGCAAUAAAGAGUCAAAAUUAUAUAGUACAGUCGGGUUAGCAUUUGAUCUUGCAUGCCGAGCUACCCAAGCAAGAUUCUAUUUUUCUAAUCUUAAGGGGGUCAAUAGUAGUGUAAAUUUAAAAUCUCGAAUAAAGGAGAACCGUUUUUGCUCAAUAUCUCCGCCAUAUUUAACGUUUCGACAACAAGUGUAAAAACUGAAGUUGUGGAAAAUAUGAUUUCGUAUAAUUUAUUCUAUUAUAAAUUUUUUGUGCCGUCGAUAUUUUCCGAAUUAUGGGAGAAAGAGUGACAGUUACAGCAUAAUUAUUGAAUUAUCUCGUUUAUUAUUAGUUUUAUAACAAAAAUGUACCUAUACAAAAAUGGAGAGAAUUAAAUUUUAUACAAUUUUGAUCUCUCUCAUGUUUUUGCUAAAAUCAAUAUUUCAGGUAGUACGUAUGCGGUAAACGCGCGAGCAUAAGCCCUGAUUGAUUUGAUAGCAGUGGUUUUUGUUCAAUAUCUCCGCAAUUCUCAACUUUUCGACAAAAAUGGUAGGAAUUGAAAUUGAUCCAAAAAAAUUGUGUUUACAAUAAUUAUUAUAAUUUUUUUAACCAUUUUUUUCGUAUGGCGGAUAUUUUCCGAAUUAAUUGUACUUACAGUAGAUGCCUACAUAUAUUUUUGACUCUGAUAUUAUUCCACGUAUUUUUUUUUGUAUUGUAAAACGAUACAAAUCCUUUUAACCACUUAAAGUCCUGUAUUUUGGCUAUCUGUGGGCAAAUUUUCAGUCAAAUCGAAAGACAUUUGUUUUGGAAAUGGAGGAAAAUGUAAAAAACGGUAUUUUAACGUUUUCUACACUAAAAUUUGAUCAACAACUUGUCUUUAAUCAAAAUAACUUUUUAUGAUGCAUUAUAAUAAUAUUUUUGGGCCAUUACUCUUAAAAUAUUAUUUUUUCCAUUGAUAUUUUACAAUAAAAAAAUGCAAAUUUGUUUAAAUAAAUACCAAAUCGCUAUAAAAUUUUCGUGGACCCCACUUGCAACUUGUGAACCCCCAUUUUUAUUUCACGCCAACGUAAACCCCCGUUGAAUCCCUCGUGGACCCCUGGGGGUCCACCUGGACCACUUUGGGAAUCACUGAUUUAAUCCAACGUCCCGAGAUCUGUUAUGAGUUACCUGUUCAGCAUUUUUCCAUUUAAAAGCGACUGAUAUUAGAGGGAACGGAAUAUUUUUUUAAUUCUUCUUUACCAUCAUUUCGGUAUUUUUGUUAUUUAUCUCUAUUCCAAACUCAUUGCAUGCUUUAAACUGCUUUGUCAGCGGUAAAUAUUUGGAUGCCAUUAAGAUUUAUUCCCGCAAUGAAUUUUUCUGCUGAAUAGUAUUUUUUGAGUACAUGUAUUAUCCCUUUGCUUAUGUUAAUAUUGUUUGAGACUUAGUCGUGAAUUCUAUCUAAUCCUAUUGUUUUGUUGCCAGUUCUCAUUUGUUAUUAUUCAUAAAACUUUAUGGUUUACUUCAAAUUUACCAAAGCUAGAAAUUUUCCAUGUUUCGCAUGAAUACUUUUUCUAAACUUAGGAAGCACAGAAACACAUCUUUUGACAUUUGACACUUUUAGCAUAAUUCUUUAGUGAGAAGAGGGUUUACUAAAUCCCUAUACGGUUCAGAAAUCCAAACAAUAGUUUCUAAUUUCUUUUUCACCUAUUUUAUGUACCAUAUUGUGAAAUAUCUUUAAUAGCGUUGACACUGACUUAUAAAAAAUGUUUUAAUUUAUACGAAACUUCAUUGAGUCAGAUAUUAUACAUUUAUUUUAUCUAUAAUCAUAAACAUUACUCUUUUGUUGGAUGUUUAAACCAUCGUUUAUCGUUUAGUACAUCCAUCUUCACCUGUAAAUACCACAUUUGAGUCAAGUUUUUUGAUUGUUUUUAUAAAUUUAGUAUAUAAGAACAAACAAUUUACAACAUUCAUCAAAAUUGCUACUAGACCAGAGCAUUUAGGAAAAAAUAAAUUGAUUUUUAAGCACAGCAUCUAGAGACUUGCAACUUUUUGAAUGGUGUUCAGGAUGACGCCAGGAAAAAAGUCUACGAUAGAAAAAUGGGUGGAAAUGCAUAACAAUUGCAUUUUAAAGGGUACAACAUGCAUCUAAAAGUGCAUAAACAUGUCAAAAUCAGUAUUCAUAUUAAUUUUUUAUUAUUAUUACAUAUGUUUUUAUAAUUUUUAUUAUUACAAAAUAUUUUAAUUUACAAUCUGCUUCAUCGAAGCUAUAAGUAAAUAGUUUGAAUGUUAAAUACAUGAGGGAGAAGCUGCCCUGUGGCAACCCUCCUAUUACAAUUUUUACAUUAGAUCAUAAUAUAUUUAAUUUAUUAAAUCUGUUGGCCAUAGUUUCUUCAGUCGUCUUGCGAAUUCGGGAGGAGUGUUUAGCUGUCUUGCUUCAUCAUUUGGAUGACUUCUCAGUCCAUCAAGGUAGCUCUUUGUGAUCCUUUGAAUUUCUGUAUAUUAAUGGCCACAUUUUGUUAUUCAGUGGGUUUUUGGGGUCACUGAACACUGUUAAUAUAUAAUAUAAUAAUAACAUGAGAGCCAACGAUCGACAAGCGGUCUCGGCACCUUAAGAAGAAGAAGAAGACGAAUACGCAAUCAGAACCGACCGCCGAAAUACCUGGUGCCCGGGUUUACUACUAAGGUACGCCAUCUAAAUUUUAGAGGGUUUUCGGUACUCAAUUGAUGCAAAUUGAUUACUCGGAGGGGAUCGCUGAACACGAGUACCUCAUUAGAACCGACCCCCUAGAGCAGGGGUCACCAAUUAGCGGACCACGGUCCGCAUCCGGACCGUGAGCUAGUUUUGUGCGAACCGUCAAUAAAUUCAGAAUAUACCUAGUGUUUGGCAAUUUUGAAAAUCUGGCCAUGAAAUUGUGUACUAUGUUUGGCUCAACUUAUGUGUGCGAAGCCGCUUUAUCAAUAAUGAACUUUAUUAAAAAUCGGUAGAGAUCUCACUUAACAGAUGAAUAUCUCAACUCCCUAAUGAGACAUCAGUUGCACUAAACUCACUCCAAACUUCAGACAGGUUGUACAUAAAAAAUGUCAUUUUUCUCUCUGAUUAAUUUAAUUUUGUAAAGAGUUUUCCCCCUUAUUGUUAUACUUACUAAUCAUUAAUUUUGAAAUUAAGUAAGCUGUAAUAUAAAAUUGUCAUGUGCAUUUUUUUAUAUUCAUUUCCUCUCUACUAUAUGUUAAGUAGGAGUAUGUACUUUUCAGAUGUGCAUUUAAUUAAAAUAAUUUUCAGAUUUAAUAAGUUUGCAACAAACACCUUGCAUUGAAACUAAUGUAGAAAAGAUAACAUGUUAAUUACCAUUUUGUACUAUGAUUGUUUAUUUUAAAUUCCUCAGUUUCCUUUCUACAAAAUUGAAGAUGUCUAAAAACUUCAUUAGCAUUCAAAAUAUAAAUUUCUAAUGUUUAAAAUAUUCUCAUUAACAAUAAUUUACAAUACUGCUGUUUUCAAAAUAUACUGAUAAUAACAUCAAAACAAUACACAAUGAAUUUAUAUUUUAUUUAUUGUACCAGGAAAACUUACAGAAAAGUAUACAGUAACCAAAAAACAAUCAGAUAUUAUUAGUUUUCCUUUUCAUAUUAGUCCAUGUGUGAGGCCACUUUCGUCUGAAAAAUGUUUCUGACUCGAUUUCUUUGCGGAUUCCUGUUCAAAAAUGUCCCCUUUAAACAAAUCUGAAGGGUGCCGGGUGAAACUAUUUUUUAAGCAAAUUCAAAAUUACUUUUUUGUCUAGAAAGAUGUAUUUUUAGGUUUCUUGGGUAAUUAUAAACAAUAAAGGUCUCUUGUCAUAUUUCUGAAAAGUUGAUAGUUUUCGAGUUAUAAGCGAUUAAAAUCUGAAAAAUGCGAAAAUAUGCAUUUGCGAUGCUUGAAAACUCUUAAGCUUUAAUAAAAUGACAGAUCUUUUUUAUUUAAGGUACUAGUACACUUUAGAAGACCAAAAAUAAUUAUUUUUUUCAAGAAUUUUUUUCUCAGAACCUUUAUCAAAAUUGAACAUAAAACUUUUUACAUAUUAAUAUCUAACUAUUAGAGAGUACAAAAAAUAUAUCUUUUUUCAUUUACGCACGUACACUAAUAUUGUAGAGGGCGCAAAAUUCGAGACGUCGAAAAAUGAUGGCGGACAGUUAAUCUCAGGAUUGGGAUAUCUGAAACAGAAAAAUCGUGCUUCAUUUGAAAAAGGAAGGUUUUUUACAUGACAAUUUACCACAAUUUCACCAAAAAUUAAAAAAAAUUUUAACCAAUAAAAACUGCAGAAAAAGGGACGAUUUUUUCACAAUUUUUUUUUAAUUUCCGUGAAAUCUUUUUUUGCGGAAUCUUUCACUAACGGUGGUAAAUUGUCACGUAAGAAAUCUUCCUUUUUUAAAUGCCGUACGAUUUUUUUAUUUCAGAGAUCCCAAUCCUGAGAUUAACUGUCCGCCAUCGGAACUACUUUUUUUCGUGGCCUCGGCUUAGGCGCCCUCUACAAUAUUGGUGUACGUUCAUAAAUGAAAAAGAUAUAUUUUCUGUAUUCUUCAAGAGUUAGAUAUUAAUAUAUAAAACGUUUUAUGUUAAUUUUUAAUAAGGGUUCUGAGAAAAAAAAUCUUGAAAAAAUGCUUGUUUGGUCCUUUAAAGUGUACUAGUACCUUAAGAUGACCCAAAAAUGCUAAGAACAUAUUUUCGCGGGCAAAAGAAGUGAUGAUUUGAAUUUGUUAAAAAAUAUAUUAAACAAUUUCUGCCCAAAAAUUUCGCCCGGCACCCUUCUGAUAUGUUUAUAGGGGAUAUUUUUUAACAAGAAUCCACAAAGAAACCGAAUCAGAACAGUCAGACACAGGCAGCAUAAAUCCUGACCCCGGAAGUAUCAUAGGUUUUCGAAACGGACCCUCAGGGAAACUAAUUGGUGACCCCUGCCCUAGAGCACCUGUUGCCCAGGGUCAUCUUCUGGAAUUUCGAGGGAUUGCGGCACUAAAGUGAUACUAACUCAGGGGAUUUUUUGGGGGUUGCUCGACACAAAUAUGACAUCAGAACCGACUCUCAGAGCACCUAGUGACCAGGGUGAAUGAUAUGCACGUCAUUUUCUGGAAUUUUGAGGCCUUCCGACACUAAAUUGAUGCAAGUAGAUUACUCAGGAUCUACUGUGGUGGUUUUUUACGUUGCUGAACACGAAUAGGCUAUCAGAACCGACCUCCGAAAACGAAAUUCCAGAAUAUAUCGUGCAAAUCAGUUAUCCUGGGCACUAGGUGCUCCGAGGGUCAGUUCUGAUGACGUAUUCGUGUUCAGCGAUCCUAAAAACCCUCCGAGUAAUCUGUUUGCAUCAAUUUACAUAGUACCGAAACCCCUCCAAACUCCAGAUGACGUGCCCUAACAGUAACCAUGAGCAUCAGAUGCAUGGGGUCGGUUCUGAUUGCAUAUUCGUGUUGUGACCCCAAAAACCCACCGAAUAACAAAAUCUGGCCCUUAAUAUACUGAUUUUGACAUGUUUAUGCACUUUUGGAUGCAAUUAUGCAUUUCUGCCCAUUUUCUAUAGUGGACUUUUUUCCUGACAUGAUCCUAAACACAAUGCAAAAAGUUGUAAGUCGAUAGGUGCUGUGUUUAAAAAUUUAUUUAUUCUGGUGUUUUUAUUGCUAAAUGCCCCGAUCUAUACGCUUUUGGUACACAUUUACGGCUCCUACAAAUAUUUUAUGAAUUGUUCAAUUGUCCCGUUAGUUGUAGCAUUUAUUGAUGUUUAAUUUUAUGGUUUAUUCUUUAAUGUAAAACUAAAAUUUUUAAUUUUUUUGCAUUUUUUGUUUGUAAUAGUGAUAUUUUCUUCCAAUAAUUUAAUAGUAUACCGAAUUUUAUUUUUAGUAUUAGAAGUGUGUAUUAUAUUUUACCUAUAGUAUGUUUGUAAGACUGCUGGUUUUAUAAUCUUAAAAUUAAGUAAAAAAAUAAUUAUCCUAA